UGAAGGGAUCUAUAGUUCUUGUUUCUCUUUGCAGGAUUUCUAGUUCAAUUUUUGUGUAGUACUGUCUCAGUUUGCUCCUUUCUUUGUCAUCAAAUUUUAGCAUUUUCUUGAUUUCAGUUUCUUUGUGUAUUCUUCCUGCGCAUAACUGGAGCUUUAGUGUACCGGGCUGACCAGUUUAUUUGUGUAUUCUUGUGCUGGAAACAACUUCUCUACCUUCUAAGGUAGCGUAAGGUUUCAUACUGCAGGAAAAGAUGGUGAAGAUCUGUUGCAUUGGAGCUGGAUAUGUUGGUGGACCAACUAUGGCAGUCAUUGCCCUCAAAUGCCCCUCAACUGAAGUGGCUGUUGUUGAUAUCUCUGUUUCCCGAAUCACAGCGUGGAAUAGCGAUCAGUUGCCUAUCUAUGAGCCUGGCCUUGAUGACGUGGUGAAGCAAUGCAGAGGAAAGAACCUUUUCUUCAGCACUGAGGUAGAGAAACAUGUCUCUGAAGCAGACAUCAUCUUUGUGUCGGUUAACACCCCAACGAAGACUCGAGGACUAGGAGCUGGAAAAGCUGCAGACCUUACAUACUGGGAGAGUGCUGCUCGAAUGAUAGCUGAUGUAUCCAAGAAUGAUAAGAUUGUUGUGGAGAAAUCAACUGUUCCGGUUAAAACAGCUGAGGCAAUAGAGAAGAUCCUCACUCAUAACAGUAAGGGAAUUAACUAUCAGAUCCUUUCGAAUCCAGAAUUUCUUGCUGAGGGAACCGCAAUUCAGGAUCUUUUUCAUCCAGACCGCGUUCUAAUUGGAGGAAGAGACACCCCUGAAGGGCAAAAGGCAAUCCAGGCCCUCAAAGAAGUUUAUGCGCAUUGGGUGCCUGAAGACAGAAUCAUCUGCACCAAUCUCUGGUCAGCUGAGCUCUCGAAGCUCGCUGCCAAUGCCUUCUUGGCCCAGAGGAUUUCAUCAGUUAAUGCUAUGUCAGCCCUUUGUGAAGCUACCGGGGCUGAUGUUACACAGGUGUCCAAUGCUGUUGGUAAGGACAGCCGAAUUGGACCCAAAUUCCUCAAUGCCAGUGUUGGUUUUGGUGGUUCUUGUUUCCAGAAGGAUAUCCUCAACUUGGUUUACAUAUGUGAAUGCAAUGGCCUCCCAGAAGUUGCCAAUUACUGGAAGCAAGUGAUCAAGGUGAAUGACUAUCAAAAGAGUCGCUUUGUUAAUCGAAUUGUCUCCUCCAUGUUUAACACAGUUUCUGGAAAGAAAAUUGCCAUUCUUGGAUUUGCCUUCAAAAAAGACACAGGUGACACUAGGGAAACACCUGCAAUUGAUGUCUGCAAAGGCUUGUUGGGAGACAAUGCUCACUUGAGCAUAUAUGAUCCACAGGUCACUCAGGAACAAAUACAAAGAGAUCUUUCAAUGGAAAAGUUCGAUUGGGACCAUCCAACUCACCUCCAGCCAAUGAGCCCUUAUGGAGUGAAGCAAGUUAACGUGGUUUGGGAUGCUUAUGAGGCAACAAAAGACGCCCACGGUCUCUGCAUUCUCACUGAGUGGGAUGAGUUCAAAAUACUUGAUUUCAAAAGGAUUUAUGAUAACAUGCAAAAGCCUGCAUUUGUGUUUGAUGGGAGGGACGUUGUUGAUGCAUCAAAGCUCAGAGAAAUCGGGUUCAUCGUCUACUCCAUUGGGAAACCUUUGGAUGCAUGGCUCAAGGAUAUGCCAGCUGUGGCAUAAGAAAGCUUCAGGUUCCCAUAUUCCCCUGGUUUAAGCACUAGAAGUGAGGAAGAUCCAAUUCUUUCAAUUAUUCUUUUUCCCCUGUCAGGCCAUAAACUUCUUAUUCCUAUUAAGCAUGGUUGAGAAUAUGUUUCUCUUGUUUACUUCUCUUUCAUUAUAAAUUGUUGUUUUCCUAGCUCAUAAUAUAAUCUCCCUAUAGUAGUACAAUAAUAAAAAACAAACGUUUUGAUUCA